UGGAAAAAAAUGUCUCUUCGUUUUGAAUGAUAAUUUCUGAUAAGCCUCUUGAUUUAAAGUCUCACUGGGUUUUUAAUAUGUGUUUAUCAUUUUUCAUUACGAAAUUCGAAACGGUUUUGAUAACCAUGGUUAUCACAGUCUGCAGACUUUGUAAAAUUCCCAUAAUUGAAAAAUAGUGAUCUGAAGCGCUUUUUAUUUGUCGAUGUAAAGCAGCAUUAGAAGUUUCAGAACUUCGCAUUUGAUGCAUCAACCUUGGAUAAUUUCUAAAACGAUUUUUCACUUCACUUGAAAAAGCUUGCAAAAUGUCAGGUCAUUUAGCGGUUAGCCAAUCUUCAUUGAGGUAUGCAAUAUUUGUAAUCGAAAAUAAUAGAAUAAGAGAAUAAUCAGAUGCUCAUGCUUGACAAACCGCAGUAAAGCCUCCUUCCAGUUUCAUCGGGUUUUUAAUACAUGUCUGUAGUUUUUCAUUCGGGAUUUCAAAACGGUCUUGAUCACCAAACUAUGUGUAAAAUUUUCACUUAGUUGUGCCGAAAAGUUUAUAAUUGUUUGACGAGCUGAGUUUUUCGGGACUCGGGUCAACUUAUUGAAAAUCCAGAACAACAGGACACACCUUUUAAUCGAGAGAUAUUUUCGACAAACGUGAUCCCGAAAUUGUUCGACAAAAUGUCUGUCGAAAUAAAAAAUAUAUUAAACCUAUAUUGGUAGAACUAUAUUGUAUUUCGAAAAAUGUAGUUAGCCCAAACGUAGCAGUAUUUCCUCACCUUUCGUACUGAAGAAUUUUACAAGUGUUAGUGUAACUAACUAAAUUAGAAGAGCGGUUGUCUUUGGAAAACUACCGUUUGUUCUAAACUGAGAUCUCUCAAGGUAAUUUGAUUGUAUUGCAGACCACAUGUAGCUUCUCAUUCGUAUUCUGGUUAAAUGUCAAAGUUUAUGGCUGAAGAUAUGAUGGCUCAAUAUUUUACCAUGAGUAUUUGGCUUAAGUUUUACUAACCUGAUGUCAUAAUAUAUCUAUCGUCUUCCACUUCAUCUCACUUGUAUGGUUGGGUCAUUCAAAAUCAAGGUGGAAAUAGUUUCCACUUUUUGAUGAAUUCUGGUUAUUUUAAAACUAAUUUCAUCUUACUUUGUGAAAGUUAAAUCUCUGGAAGCCAUAUGAUUGAAGUCAGACAUAUUCUAUAACUUGCGUCAUUUUAUAUAAAGUCGUUUUACCACUUUGUAUUACUGCAAAUGCAAAUUAUAAUGUAUUUUAUAUUGCAGUGGCAUGGCAGAAAACAAGAAGUUGGAUGAUGACGUCACUGUUGUCAGAGAUAAACCAGAUAAUGUAAAACUGAAGCGAUCUAUUGGUAUUGUAACCAGUAUCACCAUCAUAGUAGGAUCAAUGAUUGGCUCAGGAAUAUUUGUCAGUCCUACUGGUAUUCUGAGGAACGUCAGAAGCAUAGGAGCUACUCUUAUUAUAUGGGUUGCAUGUGGGAUCGUCAGCAUGCUCGGAGCGUACUGUUAUGCAGAACUUGGCACGAUAAUAGAGCGAUCCGGAGGGGAUUAUAUUUAUGUAUAUGAAGCAUUUGGACCAUUUAUUGGAUUUUUACGUUUAUGGAUGGAAGUAAUGGUCGUAAGACCUGGAACUAUCGCUAUUGUAGCUUUGACAUUUGGGGAGUAUGUUGUUGUACCUUUGUAUCCAGACUGUCCGCUUCCCAUUAUGUUGCUCAGGAUUUUGGCAGUUUUAUGUAUUACAUUGCUAAGCUUCGCCAAUUCCUUUUCAAUCAAAUUUUCAACCAGAAUACAAGAUGUAUUUACACUUGCGAAACUUGCCGCUCUCAUAAUGAUCAUUGUCACCGGAUUUGUACAGAUUGGAUUUGGUCGUUAUGAAGAGCUGGAAGAACCUUUUGUCGAUUCGAACUGGAGUCCUGGUAAAAUAGCUAAUGCAUUUUACAGUGGUUUAUUUGCUUAUGGUGGCUGGAAUAACUUAAAUUGUAUGGUUGGAGAAAUGAAGAACCCCAGGAAACAUUUGCCCAUAGCAAUUGUGGUAUCAUGCUUACUAGUGACUCUAGUUUACACAGCUGCUAAUGUAGCUUAUGUGACAGCCGUAUCAGUUGCAGAGAUUUUGAGUACAAGAGCUGUGGCUGUGACAUUUGCUAAUAGAAUAUACGGAAUGUUUUGGUGGAUAAUGCCAAUAUUUGUUGCUUGUUCAACGUUUGGGAGUGCUAACGGAACUAUAUUAACUACAUCGAGAAUAUUUGUUGCUGCUAGUCAGCGUAAGCAAAUGCCAGCGUUUGUCAGUUACUUGCACACGGAUCGAUUAACACCUAUUCCGGCUGUUCUGUUUACUGUGAGUUUCUUGCAUAACACUACUUUUCGUCAAACAUAA